CCCCCCCCCGUGCUGGUGGUCAUCUGGAUGAGGCCUCACGAGGCGUUCCUCGCGAUGUUGGCUUUGGCUAGCUACCUAGGUGUGUGUCGUGCGUGUUUGCGAAUGGAGCCGGGCCGAGGGACGGGGCUUGGCCAUCGAUGCCUGCCUAUGCCGUCGCGCCGGGCUUUCUCCUCUUUCCAACGGACCGCUGAAGCAUGUCUAUCAGAAAGACCUGACGACGGAGGCAGGGCAGGCAAGGGACUCGUAUUAAACGCGGCGACUUCCACCCCGAACCUCCAGUCGCCAACGGUCUGCCUCUUAGCUACUCGUCGCGGUUCAGUUCUAGACUUGGGAGGCCGUGGCGGUGCGGGGGGGGGGAAACGCUCGAGAGAUGGAAGGUCACGGGCCGGUGUAACGGCGUCAUACGUUAAAGCUCGCAGCUUUCAGAAGCGUGCGGCAGCCGCAAACACCCACCCGCGGCUCUUAUUCCCAGCCAUCGUCUGUCGGUUACACACUAAGUAACAGCAUCGCCCGCCGGUCGGCGCACAGUCGCACUUCCCCCAUCGCAGGUCCUGACGGGGUGCAAGGAGUGACGCGGAUGGCUAGCCCCGAGCUUCCUUCCCAUUGGUGUUCCUGAAACAAACCUUGAUCGCUCUGGGGGGGGGGGAGGGGGGUGAAGAAGGAAGACAUGGCCCGUUUCUUUCUUGUCUGCCGACCGCCGCGAUGGUCUUGUACCGGGUACACUACUUUGGCUGCACGUGAUAGAGAUACACUUGACCUCGGAGGAGGGAGGAGGAGGAGGAGGAGGAGGAGGUGAGGGGGAGGAAGAGAGAGAGAGAGAGAGUGUGUGUGUGUGUGUGUGCAGAAGGAGACGGUGGUGGAUGCCGAAAGUGGC